AUGAAAGUUGGUAUAUUAUUUGUUUUAAUAAUAUUUUUAUUAUUUAGUUCAUUGUUUACAUUUUCAUUAUGUAAACAUGAUGAUAAUGACGAUUAUGAUAUCAAAGUAAAUACAAAAGUAAAAGAUCAAGGUGAUGAAAUUACUGUUAAAGUAAUAAUUAAAAAUAAUCAUGAUCAUGACCAUGAACAUCAACCUCAUAAAGAAUUAGAUGAUAUUCAAGAUGAUAAAGCAAAUAGAUGCAAAGGUUUUAAUAUUAAUAAUAAUAAUGUGGAUGGUAGUGAUUCAUUAGAUAGUGAGAUUGGUAGUGGUGGCGAUAUAUCAAAUGAUAGCAAUGGUGAUAAUGAAAAUAAUGAAGAAAAUGCUAAAAGACUUCAUAAUCAUGUUCACCAUCAUCACCAUGAUGGCCGUGAUAUCUGUGGUUGUAUAUUUGGUAGAUAUGGUAAAGAUUGUAGAAAAAGAGAACUUGAAUACCAAAAUUCAUUUAUUCAAUGGUCAAAUCAAUUCAAUAGAACUUACAGAGCCGAUCAAUUCUUAUUAAAAUAUGAAGCAUUCAAAGAUAGCAGUAGAUUCAUCGAACAAUACAAGAGAGAAAAUCAAAAUUCAACCAUGGAACUUGGUCUAACUCAAUUCUCUGAUAUGACUCAUGACGAAUUUUUAAAUGUAUAUACAAGCAAAUUAUAUGAAUUUAAUUUAAAUGAAACUACACCAUCAAACAGUUCAUGCUCAGUUAAUAUUACUCAAACUAUUGUAAACUCAUGGAAUGAUGGUAAUCAAGACUUUAUUCAAGUACAAGUAGUAAUUACCAACAUUGGACCAACAACAAUUCGUUCAUUUUCAUUCAAAUUAAAUAAUAUCAUUAGCAUUUGGGAAGUUGAAACAUUAUCAAGUAAUAGCUAUCAACUUCCAAAUUGGGUUGGCAGUAUUUCAUCAGGAUCGUCUCAUAGUUUUGGAUAUAUUCAACAAUCAAAUCAAACAACACCACUCACUGACGAAACAUCAACAUGUGAUGAAUUACCAACACCAACACCAACCACACCAACUUCAUCGUGCAAUGCAAAUGUAACACAAACUAUUACAAGUUCAUGGAGAGAAAAUAACCAAGAUUAUAUUCAAGUAGAAACAAUAAUUACAAAUAUUGGCCAAUCAAUGAUUCAAUCAUAUACAUUCGAAUUAAAUGAUAUUCAAAGUAUUUGGGAAAUUCAAACAUUAUCAAAUAAUACAUUCACACUACCAAAUUGGAAAAACAGUAUCGAAGUCGGAUCAUCACACACAUUUGGAUAUAUUCAAAAAGCAUAUUCAAUUAAUCCAUUAUUAUCAGUUAACAAAGUUUGUCAAGAAUCAUCGUCAUCAUCAUCAUCAAAUAUUACCACUGAUGAACCAUCAAAAUCAAGAUUAUUAAAAUGGUCGAGACCAAUCUCAAUUGAUUGGAGAACCUGGGGUAUGGUGAGCAAAGUUAAAAAUCAAGGCAGUUGCGGAAGUUGUUAUGCAUUUAGUACAGUUGGUGCAUUAGAAUCCCAUUAUUAUAGAAAGAAUAAUAGAAUGUUAGACCUUUCUGAACAAAAUUUAGUUGAUUGCACCGCUAGUAAUAAAUAUAGAAAUGGUGGAUGUAGUGGAGGAUGGAUGCAUAAUUGUUAUAGCUAUAUACAAGAAAAUGGUGGAAUUAAUCAGGAAAGUACUUAUCCUUAUGAAGGCAAAUUUGGACAAUGUCGUUAUAAUAGUGGAGAUGCACAAUCAAGAAUUUCAAAAUUUGUUAUGAUUAAACAACAUGAUGAAGAGGACUUAGCAGAUACAGUUGCUUCAGUGGGUCCUGUUUCAGUUGCUUAUGAUGCAUCGACAAGAGAAUUUAUGUAUUAUUCAAGAGGUAUUUACUACAGUGACAAUUGUAAUAAAUAUAGAACCACUCAUGCUGUUGUUGUAGUUGGAUAUGAUAAUGAAAAUGGGGUUGACUAUUGGAUUAUAAAAGUAAAGUAUAUCAUUCUCUGUCCUAUUAUUUAA